AUUAGGAGUUGCAGAAGUAGCGGAUUUAAAAACUUUCUGUCCGCAAGUGUGUUGGUGGAAAAAGCGCUAGAUGAAGAGUCCCUGGCUGUGAAAAGGGAAAAAUGGCUUUUUAAACUGUCACUCGUCUUCCUGCUCACCGUCAAGCUCCGCGUGCUUUGCUCCCGCAACGCACCGCAAGACUAUUCCGAAACUAUGGGGUCUUCAGGUGUUUCCACAAUUCUUUCAUCCACUCAGUGCACGCUUUGUGCUUUUGAACAAUUUAAUCGACGCAGACGACACAAUGGCGGCAUCGAUCCUUCGCAGGAAAAUUCCUCCCAUUUCCACAGGCGAGCUCGGCGCUCCCCCUCUCCGACAGGCUAGCCACAGCCAAUCACGGCCCAGGUCGGGGGCGGAGCCAGCGGAGAGGCAGCACUUAAUUGGUGAUGGUCACUCAGAUUGGAUGACGGAAAAAGUUGAUUUGUCUUCAUUUGUGUCGACGACCGAGUCUUCUCCCAGCUCAUCCCUUCCACCCUCGCCGUUAGAACAAGAUGUCAAGGUGCCCUCGGAUCUGGAGGUCAUGACCUCUCUACUGCAGGAGGAGCUGGCUCAGCUGGAGGACUACUUCCGCUCCGAGUCCACGUCCACAACAAACAAGUUGGAGAAAUCCUCAAAAUGUGACAAGGGUGCUCAAGCCAUGGGCUCCCAGUCUUAUUACCAGUUACCCUAUGGCUCGUAUGGGACCAGCCAAUCAGAAACCAGCCCUGUGGUUGUUACCUUGGCAACAGGGGAACUGGACCUGGCCAGCUUUUGCGGCGGUCCCAUCGGCAGAACCAAAAUCGCGCGACCCGCUCCGUACAACUACCACCACCGCUACCACCACAACAACGGGCGAAGAAUCCUCAGCGAGGCGGUGAAAGUCGGGGAGGAAGUCGGACUCGAUACGUGGGGCUCGAGGGGAAGUUACUCAGGAAGCACAGAGUUGUCUGUGAACCAUUACUCCACGCUGAAGACGGUGAGCAAGAACAGCCUCGGGAGCGUCAAGAAGGUGAGAGAAUGUGCUUUAUCGUUGAAGGAAGAGGAGAGUUAUUGUUUUUCAGAAGGAAUGUUUUGCAGCGAAGAGAUUGCCCGAGGUUUUUGUCUGGGUGGCUCGUACGACGGCCACCACAAGCGAGAGGGACAGUUGAUGCACAACGUGAAGGUCAAUGUAAGUUACGACAGCACGGGGCUCGAGGUCUUGCACUGCAGCAAAGACGGAGGACUUUCCGGAAGUAUGCCCCAAGAGACAAUGGUGGCCGGCGACGGCUACUUCCACCAGUCGAUGGCCAGCACGGAGCCUUACCAUAGCUUUAUAGGUGACCUCGACCAGCCGCCACAAGCACAGGCUGUAGAGCCCCAACAUGGCCACUACCUCUAUCCAGAAUGCCUUGCAGACCAAAGCUACGAAUGUCUGUCCAGAGGGGACGGCGAGGGGACGCUCAUGGGCGCCCCCAUCCACCGCCCCACCCAGAGGCUAAAGGACGAGCCCUGCUCCAUCAAGCCGUCCCUGGUGAUGGGCGCCGCUUCUCUGGAAGGCAGCAGCGGAGAGAGGAAGCAGAAGAAGAGAGACCAGAACAAAACUGCUGCUCACAGGUACAGGCUGCGUAAGAGGGCGGAGCUGGACUCUCUGGAGGAGGAGCUGCACGGCCUCGAGGGGCAGAACCGGGAGCUUCGUGACAAGGCGGAGUCGGUGGAGCGCGAGAUCCAGUACGUCAAAGAUUUACUGAUCGAGGUCUACAAGGCUCGCAGUCAGCGGCUCAAACAGGAUGGCAGUGCCUAAAGAAAAAAAAACAAAAACGCCCACGCUGACCUCACCUACCGAAACCCCCCCGCCCCCCCGCCCCGCCCGACCAGCACCAAGAGAAACAUCAAAGUCAAAGAGCACCAACUGGUUUUUGUCUCACAGGAAUGAAAUGGUAGUUGCAUGAUUUUGGUAGUUCUUUUUCUAAAAAAAGACAAAAAAAAAAUGUUGUUUCCGAGAGGAUGGUCAAACAAAAACACAACUUUCCUACGAAAAAAAAAGAAAAGGGGAAGUUUUGGGUGACUAAACUAUAACAAGCCUUAGUGAGGUGGCUCCUAGAGGAGAUGCUGAACUUGUCCGUGACCACUGUGAUCCGAACUGCACGCACAGCCUUUGUGACGACCGAGUUUGCGACGAUUGAUCGUUUACAAAAUGAAUCAGCGGUAGCGAUGGAAUUUGCUCGUGGUUCUUGUGACACACGCCGGCAGCAUCGAGGCAGAUCCAUGCGAAAUAUAUAUUUUAUUUUAUAACUUUUUUGUUAUUUUUACUUAAUAAUGUUCAUUUAUCAUUUGCUUUAACUGAAUAAAAGGGAUUGCUGGACAAAGUGUGUAACAUGCUCUACAAAUAUCCAUUAUCAGAAACAUUUAGAGAAUUUGUAUU